CUUGUUGUAUACAUAUGCCAACCGUGUAAUCAGUGCCCAUCAUUUUCCAAUCAGUGCCCAUCAUUUUCCUAAUCAGUGCCCAUCAUUUUCCAAACUAGCCAAUACAACAAGUGAAAUGAUAAAGUUGUCUGGGAGCGUUUACUCCAUCAACUAUAAUAAACAUGUGUGGAUGCCACAUCUCUUCGUCGACAUAACCACUAUAGGCAGGGAGAAGAGCUAGCUGAGCGGGCAACAAUGGCGGAAUUUCUGGUGAGCGUGUCCACGGGGGCCAUGGGUUCCGUCCUUGGGAAGCUGGGUACCAUGCUGAGCGAGGAAUUCAAGCUGCUCAGGGGUGUUCGUGACGACAUCAAGUUCCUCAAGGAUGAGCUCGAGCACAUGCAGGCGUUCCUCCUCGUGAUGGCGGAGGAGGAGAAACCUGACCCCCAAGCUAAGCUUCGGGCGGAUGAGGUGCGAGAGAUGUCCUAUGAGAUAGAGGACAACAUCGACAAGUUCAUGGUACUUCUGGACCGUGAGCCCACUUCCAUGUCCGAUGGCUUCAUGAAGCUUUUCAACAAAAGCAUGGAGAAAAUCAAGAGCAUCAAGACCCGGCAUAAGAUCGCCAAGGACUUCAAAGACAUCAAGAUCCAAGUCAAGGAGAUGAGCGAUAGAUAUGCAAGGUACAUGAUCAAUGGGUUUUCUAGAUCUGAAAUUGAAAAGGUAGAUCCUCGACUUCGCACCAUCUAUAAGGAUGCAUUGGAGCUUGUUGGUGUGGAAGGUCCAAGAGAUGAGAUUGCAAACUGGCUGAGCAACAAGGAGGGUGAAUCAUCACAUCAACCAAAAGUUGUAUCCAUUGUUGGAUAUGGAGGGUUAGGCAAGACAACUCUAGCCAGACAGGUCUAUGAAAAGCUUGGAACGAGCUAUGAAUGUCGGGCUUUUGUGUCAAUUUCACGAACUCCUGAUAUGACAAAGAUCUUGAGUUCUAUGUUAUCUCAACUCCGCAACCAAGAUUAUGCUUAUGCAGGGGAUCCACAACUCAUAAUCGACCAGAUCAGAAAUUUUCUACAAGAUAAAAGGUACUUUAUCAUAAUUGAUGAUUUAUGGGAUGUACAAACAUGGCAAGAUCUGAAUUGUGCAUUAGUGAGGAAAGACAACGGUAGUGGAAUAAUGACCACAACUCGUAUACAUGAUGUAGCUAAAUCAUGUUGCCCUUCUGAUGGGAAUCUUGUCUAUAAAAUCGAACCACUUGGUCUUGCUGACUCGAAGGAGUUGUUUUUCAAGCGAAUAUUUGGUUGUGAAGAAAAGUGUCCUCCUAACUUGAAACAAGCCUCAGAAGAUAUCUUAAAAAAAUGUGGUGGUUUACCACUGGCCAUCAACGCCAUAUCUAGUUUGUUGGCUAGUGGGAAAAGAAAAGAAGACUGGGAGCGUGUCCGAAGUUCUAUCAGUUUUGCACAAGGCAAAAAUUCUGACAUUGAUGCCAUGAACUACAUAUUAUCUCUGAGCUACUUUGAUCUUCCACUCUGUCUAAGAAGUUGCCUAUUGUAUUUGACUAUGUUUCCUGAAGAUUAUGAGAUUGGAAGGGAGCAAUUAGUGCAUAGAUGGAUUGCCGAGGGUUUCAUCCAUGGCAAAGAUGGGGAAGAUCUUGUUGAGCUGGGAGAGACAUAUUUCCAUGAGCUUGUUAACAGAAGUUUAAUACAUCCGGUGAAUAUUGAAUAUGAUGGCAAGGUAUGGGAUUGUCGAGUCCAUGAUAUCAUCCUUGAUUUCCUCAUUUACAAGUCUACAGAAGAGAAUUUUUGUACUUUGUUAAGCAAUCAUUCAAAGCCAGAUAGCAGAGUUAUACGUCGUCUCUCUCUCUUGGGAAAUGAAGAUCAAGAAAAUGUCGAGCAACUGGAUUUAUCACAUGCUCGAUCACUUGGGGCUUUUGGUAAUUCCUGGGAAUAUUUGCCUUCUCUUGCGAAGUCAAAUGCUUUGCGUGUGCUUGACGUAGCUUUCUGCACUGGACUGGGAGCUCAUCACGUCAAGGAUAUCGGAAGACUUCUUCAACUAAGAUACUUGGACAUCUCAUUUACAAACAUAACCGAGCUUCCUAAAGAAAUUGGAGACUUGGAGUAUCUAGAUACGCUAGAAGGCCGUGCUACAAAAUUAAAUGAGCUUCCUGAAUCAGUUACUCGGCUAAAACGACUAGCACGUCUUUUCGUUCCAAGAGAAACAAAAUUUCCUGAUGGUAUUGGAAAGAUGGAGAACUUGCAAGAGCUUGGUCAUAGUAUAAACAUGUUACUGCAAUCAGCGAAUUUUCUGGAAGAGCUUGGCAAACUGACAAAUCUGAGGAAGUUGGCCAUUCAUUGGGACAGCCAUAAACUUGACAAAGCAAGCUGCAAGGGAAAGAAGCUAGUGUCCUCCCUGUGUAAACUGGAUGCAUGCAAGCUUCGCGACCUCAGUGUUGUGUUGCAUCUGACAGAAGACGAUGACUUCAGAGGACAUACGUUCCCUGCUCUCAAUAGCAUCCGAGAUAUCCGGAUCAACCAUGCGCAAAUCAGUUUGAUUUCUAAAUGGCUGGUUUCACUUAUCAACCUAGAAGAUUUGGCUCUCGAUGGUAUGGAGAUAGAGCAGCAGGAUGUUGAGAUGGUUGGAAGCAUACCUACUCUGCUCGCAUUCCGUGUGUUAGCUAACUGCAUUGGGAACACCAUCGUUAUCAGUGGAGGAUUUCAGCAGUUAAGAAGUCUGUUCUUGUAUUGGGGUAAUACGAAGCUGAUGUUUGAAGCGGGGGCUAUGCCGAAUCUCGAAGAGCUUGUAUUCACCAUUGAGCAGCGUAAUUACAAAUCUUCUGGAGAUGGUGGUUGCGAUGAUAUUGGCAUCCAGCACCUCUCGAGCCUUGCUUUGCUCCAUGUCAUGUUAGAUUGCUCCAGUGUGAAGGCUGCGGUUGUGGAGGCUACAGAGGUUUCUUUCAAGAGCAUGGUCGGUGCACACCCCAACCGUCCUAUGCUGAGAAUGGACAGAAGACGUACAGAUCGUAUGCUAAAAGAUGAUGAUAUGUUUCAGGUACCAGCUCAAUCAAUCGAUUAAGUCCUCCUGAGUGGGAGUGGCUAUAGUAGAUAUGAAGAAUCUCUUGUAGAUUUCUCUGUUUGCAUUUCACUCCUAGCUAGCUGCUACCUAUUUAUAUAAUUUGAUCAUUCAGUACAAGCUAAGUAGGAACCACAUGCUCUUGUUAUACAUAUAUUUCCCUUGCUCAACAGUUGCAGCAGCUUGGUUUCACCAGUAGCUAUUCGAACCGUGGUAGUAUGUUGAUGAUUGAUUGAUGUUAAGGAUCUUAUGUAUCCAACUCGCAAAAAAAAAAGGAUCUUAUGUAUCCAGAUCAGGUGGAGGUUUUGAUGAUAUUGGCAUCCUGCAGCAUCGAUCUACCCAGGCUUGCUGCUUCACAAAGUGUAAACAAUGAUGGAUUGUGUGAAUGAGGAGGCUACUUUCAAGAGCUUGGCCGAUGCACACCCAUAGUAUGUUUGUAUUUGAGCAAAAUUAAUAUUGGAUCUAAUGAACAUGCCUUCAUUGUGCA